AUGUUCUGUACCGCCCAUAGUGCCAUAGUUUACACUACCCUCCAUGAUUUGCCCCACUCGUGGGUUCACAGUAUAAUCGUACAUGGAGUCAAGAUCCGCGGCAGACGCCACACCUCUAUCCUGCAGCGACCCCUGAGUCUUGUGAAAGGCUCUCGGGUACGGAAUUCUGUAGUGGAGACCGAUCUCGUGGCGCAUCUCUGCUUCGCGCAGUUUCCGCGGAAUAGUUUUCACAUCGGUGAUGUCGGCAUACCUUCGAAAAAGACGCCGUGCCUCCUUCAGCACGUACAGCGCGUCCUCAUCCGUUUCUCAUGA